AUGCAGUACAUAGUCUCUGCACCUAUUCUUCCUCACAUGACAACCAACAUCUCUCAGAACUCAAACAUUUUCCUCUCACUAUCUAGCAAAAUUACUUCCCUCAACUCCCAUCAAAAAAACAACACAAAACCAUCAUACUCUUCCUUUACUCCACUACACACAAAAAACAAAAACAACAUCACAAGGAAACAACAUGAUGCAAACGCUGUAACAUUUUCUCGGUAUGAUGCACUUGCUGCUGAACCUGAACCUGAACCUGUACCAUAUGGAAACUCACCACUUCCUUUAGCUACAGAGAGGCUUCAAGACGAAUUUAGAAAGCUAUCAAUGCAAAUGGCCACGACGUUUGAAGCAAAUGAGACAGCUACCACGAGAGCGCUUACAGAAGCAGGUGAGCUUCGCAUGCAGAAAAAAAACUACUGGAGGAAAUGCUGCGUAAAGUCAAACAAGAGAAAAAAGCACGAGGAACUUGUUGGCAAUGAUUUCUCCGAGGCGAUCCAAUUGCUAAAAGAUGAAAAUGAAAAGCUUACAGUGGAAAUCUCAUGCUUAUCUGAGCAAGUAAAACAAAAGGAAGUCUCAAGUUCUGACUUGGAACUUAUGAAGAAAUCACUCGAGGAAUAUGAGACCCUCUUCAAUACUCAAAAGGAAGAGAGAAAUGAGCUUGUGAGUACAAUUGCUCUGUUGAAGAAGGAAGCAGAACAGUCACUUUAUGAGCUAAAUAGGACGGGGCAUCUCAAAGACGAAGAAGAGAAAGCGGGUAAACUCUUGCAUUCAGAGUUGGAUGCUCUUAAAACUCAAUAUAGUGACCUGCAGCGUUCUCUUUUUGAUGAUGAGACUGAGAAAGAAAUACUAAGAAAGCAAAUUUUCCAUCUUAACGGUGAACUGAAAAAGAAGAACGAAAACUCCAUCACGCACACCGGCCGGCCGUCGCGCCGCAUCGGACCCACGACCUCCUCUCGCGAGGACCGCCCAUCAACAACAACCACUCCAUCAAACAGCAACAAACCCCUUCAAUCUUCACCGUCACAACCCACCUGCAUCCGCCUUACUAUCAACCGCCACGAGAUCUAA